AUGGCUGGCGUUAGUGAUUGUUUCGCGAUAGGAAGUACUGUGGCUUGUAAAACAUGUUACAACAAAGUAAUAGAAGGCGAGGUUCAAGCAUUUGAUCCUCAAACAAAAAUGCUUGUCUUACGGUGCCCUGCUUCAAACAAUAGGCCAAGUUACUCUAAUGUUUAUAUUGUUAAUUUAUCAUUAGUCAGUGAUGUCCAGGUUAAAAAAGAAGUCUCUACACCUCAAGAGCCUAUGAAGGCAUUAAAUCUACAAAGGAUAAACAACAGGGUAAGAGAAAAUAUAGAACAAAAGAGAUGUUUAAUUGCUGCAGUUAAAGCUGGAGUGACACAAGAAGGAAUGAUGCUUUUUCAGACAAUUAGUAAAACAAUUAAUGAAGUUACAUGGAAUGGACCGAAUAUUGUGAUCAUGAAUCAGGUCACGAUUACACCUCCUUACAAAACUGAAAACAUCAAAGGAGAUAAUCAUAGUAAAGCAUUUACACACAUACGGAAAGUGGUCGAUAAACACCUAAGGGAUACGCAGCUUAGGAAUAAACAACAAGAAGCGGAAAAGUUGUCAGGAGUUGGUGGAUCAACAGUAAUGGCCCAGACUAUACAGUAG